AUGGCAGAAUCAUCAUUAUCAUCAUUAUCAACCGUAGAACGUGAACUGCAGAACCAGGCCGCUCAAUUAGGCUCGCUAGACGAAUACCUCGCAUGGGAACAAAAGUGCGGCGAGUGUCUCGAGUCGUUGGAACAGCAUAGCCGAGCCAAACAACCAGUGACUAUCGGAGCCGGACAUUCGACACUUGUUUGGCGAGAAAUCGAUACAGCGUUCAAUAGUCGCAUAUCAACCGGGGCGAUUGUAAAUACAGACUAUAUCGACCCUCUUCGAUUUCUCCAGGAUGUGAAGAAUAUCGUGCUCGAGCAUGUGCGAAGCGUUAUGAAGAGACAUGGUAGCAUAAAAGUGAAUACUGUGUUCAACGGUGAAUUUGUGGCAGGUGAUAAACGCGCGAACAAGAGCAUUAAUACGAGGAACGUUGAACUUUUUUUCACAUCCGAUCUAGACAAUUGGUUCGCGAUGCGUGUUAUCGAACCCACCUUAGCGUCCAUGGAAGAAUUUCAGGAACGAGAUAGCGGGUGGGCACUCUCGCGCAUACUUAAUCUGACCGUUAAUGUUAACAAGUACAAUCCAUUACAUUCGGGAUGUCAUAUCGAGUUACCGCGCGAAAUAAAAAUGAAGCGGGCUAUAAUCAACGUGCAAUCUAUGGACAAUGCAUGUUUCGCAUGGGCAGUGGUUGCAGCGUUAUGUCCAGCCGACAAACACGCAGAUCGUCAAUCUUCGUACCCACACUAUACAUCGGUUUUGAAUAUGCAGGACAUUGAAUUUCCAAUGCGCAUAAAUCAAAUUAAAAAGUUUGAACGGUUGAACGAUAUCUCGGUCAACAUUUAUAGUGUGGAGAAGAGAUAUGACAACGCGACAAAGAAAGAAGGAAACGUGGUCGCACCUAUACGUCUUACGGAACAGAAAAUGGAGAAGCAUGUCAACCUGCUGCAUAUCCCAGAUCCGCGAGAUGAUGAUAACGCUGGGCACUUCGCGUGGAUCAAGAAUUUGUCCCGACUCGUCAGCUCACAACUGAGCAAAAAGAAACACAAAAAACAUAUUUGCGACCGAUGUCUACAUUACUUCAGCUCGAGCGAGAAGCUGGAGAACCAUACCGUCGGCUGUCAAAAAAUGAAUAACUGUGCCAUCAUCUUGCCAAACGAUGACAACAAAUGGCUCAGCUUCACCAACUACUGCAGGAAGGAGCGGAUCCCGUUUAUAGUUUACGCCGACUUGGAAUGCAUCCUGGAGAAGACACCGAGGGAAGAACAAACGAGUUCGUAUGCGUAUCAACAUCAUAGCGUAUUUAGUAUAGCAUAUUACGUUCGAUGUUCCUACGACGAGUCAUUAUCCGCGUAUCGAUGUCGUCGCGAUCGGGAUUGCAUUUCAUGGUUUGUCAAAGAACUUGAAGAACUGGCACAUCGUGUAAAGGAUAUUUUGUCCGCAAAUGUCCCCAUGGAAACUUUGUCGAAAGAACAGUGGGAGACAUUUCAAAACGCUAUGCUGUGCCAUGUGUGCGAGAAAUCAUUCGCAAAGGAUGAUACACGCGUGCCCGAUCAUUGCCACCUGACUGGACGGUACAGAGGUCCCGCGCAUUCCAAUUGCAAUCUAAAUUAUCAAGACAGUUAUUGCAUUCCCGUGGUCUUUCACAACUUAUCCGAUUAUGAUUCACACUUUAUCAUCAAAGAUAUAGCAACCAUGUUCGAAGGUUCAAUCACUGUACUACCGAUAACCAAAGAGAAAUAUAUUUCAUUUACAAAGACUGGGGUCUUUCCGUACGAAUUCCUUGAUUGCGCGGACAAGCUGCAGGAUCGGUGUUUACCGCCGCGCGAGUCAUUUUACAGUUCGUUGACGGGUGACACGGUAUCUGAGAGCGAUUACGCGCACGCCACGAACAUCUGGCAACGGUUCGCCAUUCAAACCUUAGGUGAAUAUAGCGACUUGUAUCUGAAGAUUGAUGUCUUGUUGCUGGCCGAUAUUUUUGAAAAUUUCCGCAAUAGUUGUAUCAAAAGUUAUGGGUUAGAUCCCGCGUAUUAUUACACUUUGCCUGGUUUUACGUGGGAUGCUAUGUUGAAGCAUACGGGCGUUAAUUUCGAACUGCUCACUGAUAUCGAUAUGGUCAUGUUCAUCGAGCGCGGUAUUCGCGGUGGCCUCAGUCAAUGUUCCGGUAGAUAUGCAAAAGCCAAUAACAAGUACAUGCAGUCUUACGAUCCAUUGCAACCAUCAUCAUACUUGAUGUACUUCGAUGUAAAUAACUUGUAUGGUUGGGCAAUGUGUCAACAGUUGCCAUACGCCGAAUUUCGAUGGGUCGAUGAUGUAUCGAAUUUCGACGUAUCAUCAAUCGCACUAGAUUCACCUAUAGGUUACAUUCUGGAGGUUGACUUAGAGUAUCCGCAACAUCUGCACGACGCGCACACUGACCUACCGUUCUAUCCGACACGGGGCAAACCGCCAAACAAAAAGCAGGACAAGCUUCUUGCAACCUUAUGCGAUAAGCAGCGUUAUGUGAUUCAUUAUCGCAACCUGCAGCAGUGCACGCGUCACGGUUUUCGUAUUGGAAAGAUACACCGCAUACUCAAAUUUGCUCAGUCUCCAUGGCUCCGCGAUUAUAUCGAACUUAAUACGCAGUUUAGAACACGCGCGACAAACGAUUUCGAGAAAAAUUUGUACAAAUUGAUGAACAACGCGGUGUUCGGUAAAACUAUGGAAAACGUUCGCAAUCACGUAGACGUAAAACUAUUGACAAAAUGGGAUGGACGAUACGGUGCUGAGGCAAUGAUUGCGAGACCAAAUUUUCAUAGCAAAAGUGUCUUUUCGGAAAAUUUAAUCGCCGUUGAGCUACGUAAACUUGAGGUGAAAUUCAACAAGCCGAUCUAUGUGGGUAUGUGUAUCCUUGACAUAUCCAAGAUCUACUUGUACGAAUUUCAUCACGAGUACAUGUCUCCUCUGUAUCAGAACAGAUGUAAAGUAAUGUACACCGAUACUGACAGUUUAAUCUACCAUAUCCAAUGCGAUGAUAUUUUCGAGCACAUGAAACGUGAUAUUUCUAAGUUUGAUACGAGUGAUUAUCCCGCUGAUAAUGCGUACGGUAUACCGCUUGUCAACAAAAAGGUACCAGGUCUGAUGAAAGAUGAAAAUAACGGAGCGAUUAUGACGGAAUUCGUCGGGCUCAGAGCAAAGAUGUACAUGCUAAAGGUAGACAGCAAAAAUGAUACGAAGAAGGCGAAAGGUGUGAAGACCAAUGUCGUAGCGCGAACUAUAACGUUUGAUGAUUAUAUGCAGUGUCUGAGAGAUGAGGUCGAAAAGCAACGUCGUCAGUCAUGCAUACGAUCCAAAAUGCACAAAGUCUACACCGUGUCCGAACUGAAAACUGCUCUGAGUCCGUAUGAUGACAAGCGGUAUAUCGUACCGAACUCAACAGACACUUUACCAUGGGGACAUUACAGGAUACAAUUGUAA